AUGGUCGAGACAGUGGGUCAAGUGGAAGGACGAGGAUUGUCGGGAAGACCCGUAGAUCCUGCGAUAACUAGCCGGCCGUUGCGAGAGGACGAGGACUGUCGAGAGGACCCGCAGAUCCUGCGGUAUCGAGCCUACGAUUACGGGAGACUGAGCGACCGUCGUACACUGCUCGACGACGUGAAGAAAUAUCUUCUCACUCCUCUUUUACAUCCAACUACUGCAGCCGAAAAUCUGUACAACAAUGCUCACAUACGAACGAGGAACAUUGUUGAACGGGUAUUUGGAGUAUGGAAGCGUCGAUUUCCAGUUUUAAGUUUAGGUAUGAGAGUUAAAAUGGAGACUGUGCAAGACAUCAUCGUAGCUACAGCAGUUCUACACAACAUAGCCAGAAAUCACAAUGAAGAAGAACCUCCUGCGUGUUGCGAUUUGCCUGACGAGGAAAUUGGAGAUAAUAAUGAGAAUCAAUUGGGAAUUCAAGUAGGAGACAAUAAUGUCAGACAAGCACUUAUCGAUGAGUAUUUUUCAAG